AUGCGCAUUAGACCUAAAUUUCUCAGGGAUUUUGUGUCAAUCAUAUUCUCCAUCUACUAUAUAAUAUUUGCAGAUCGAGCAGACGAGAAGUGUCGUCGUAUUAGAGCCACGAUAACAGUAAGACAUAUGCGCGUAUCUUGGGAGAAGAUGCUCAAUCCCUAUUUUAGAGCACUUAUCAAACUUGGCAGUCCCCGUCUUACAAUCGCCAAAGAAAUCUCCAUCCCACGUCCACAGAACAGUGCUUACGGACAGACGACUAUAAAAGUAUGGAUAUAUUAUGCUGGUACGGUUGAAUCGUACAAGAACACCGAUAGAAUAAUUCUCCACUUUCCAGGUGGAGGAUUUGUUACAAUGCCUCCGCCUUGUCAUGAAGAGUAUCUAUCACAUUUAACCAAAAAAACUGGAAUACCGAUCGUCUGUGUUAACUAUGCAAAGGCACCUGAAUAUCCGUAUCCAUAUGGUUUGGAUGAGUGCUUUGACGCCUAUAAGAGUAUUGUCGAGAGCAAUGGAGAGAUUAUUGGAUUGAGUGGAUGGAAAUAUGAAGAUGGACGGUCGAAAGAGAGAAUUAAAAUUUCUUUGUUUGGUGAUUCUGCCGGAGGGAACUUUGUAGCCGCAGUUAUGUGCAAAAUAAUUGAAUCUCCGACCCCCCUUUCUCAUCCAUGUGCUUUGGUCUUUGUUUAUCCAUGCUUAGAUUUUAACAUUACAUGUUGGAUGCCUCCUGCACAUGUAGCAGUUUUACGCGCAGAAUCAACCGGUUCGAUCCCAAGCAUCAUGGAAUCAAAAGAUCAUCUGCGCUACCAGAGUCCUUUGGCUGUUGUACCGGAUGUUAAGAAGCGAAGGUGGAGUUUCUCCAGAUCCAUCGACGAAAACGAAAAGACUAUCGAACAGCGUAUUCAAGUUGUGGAUGUGAAACCACCAAGCCCUCAACAUAGUGAAAAAACGCACCCGCGAACAGCUAUUGAAACCCGUUUAGCAAUGACAAGUCGUAUGAGUUUUAUUCAUGAUCGUGUGCUUACGCCAGAUCUGAUGCGUGCAAUGGCCAUUCUCUACCUUGGUCCCAAUAACUACCCUGACUUCCGCGCCGACUAUUAUCUCUCACCAAUUGUAGCACCUGAUAAAAUACUCUCUCAGUUCCCUCGCACGUACUUCAUGUGUGGGGAAAAAGAUCCUCUAGUGGAUGAUACUUGCGUAUUUGCGGGGCGUAUUCGCGAAGCUAAACGUAAAAUGCGACAAUCAGCACACCGUACGAGUGCUGUAGGCGCAAACUCAAGCGAAGUCGAGGAUGUUGAAGUACGUUUAAUCAAGGGACAAGGACACGCAUUUUUGUUGAUGAUGACAUUGUUGCCGGAAAGCCAUGGUGCAGUAAGAGCUAUUGCAAGAUGGUUCAUGGAAUGUUAUGAGGAUAAGCCGUUUAUAAGAAUCACCGAAGUCGGUAAUACAGAUGAUCAUGGUAUUUUAAGGAACGGCAAUGCUGCAACUGAACGUGAGACGAUGGCUCAAAAAAGCCAUCAUCACGAUGAAAUAGACAUGUCUUCCCGUCCUCAGUCUCUUCAUAUAUCUCACUCACUGCCAGACAUAACUAUACUAUAUAGCAAUGAUAUUAAUACUGAGACUCAUUUGCAUACGAGUGCAUCUGAGGCUAUCCUUACACCUAUUAAUGAACGUGAGCACGUCAAGUGGGAACAGCGCCAUAUCGUAAGCGAGACAGAUGUCAUGAAGAGAAGACAGAAAAGUUUGGUUAAAGGUCUGAGUCUACCGGAAGAGUUUGAUUAA